AUGGCGCGAACUUCAGUAAUUAAGCAGGGAAACGUAACAAAAAGACCAAGACGACAAUGGUGUACAAAAGAAAAAUUAGAGGUGCUAAACUAUUACAAACAAGGACAUAGUAAGAGAGCAACAGCUGCAAA